CUUUUGUUGUGUUGAUGUUAGUGUAUUCUUAUUUAGUAUUUUUGUGUAGUAUGGGCUUAUUAUAAGAGUUAUUAGCAGGUGUGGGAAAUCAAAGCCAUGGAUAUAUUGAAAUUAGAAAUUCAGAGGAAGAGGAAGGAACUCGAAGAUAAGAAAUUGUUGCAGCCAUCAAAAAAGUACUUCAAGAGAGCUGAUUUGUCUCAAAAAGAGGAAGAAGAGUAUUUAAAAAAAUAUGGAUCAGAGUGUGAUGAGAUGCAAUCUGAUGUAGGCAAGCCCACAACAGGAGGGAAUGUUGCUGACGAUAGCUCAGAUCAUGCAACACUUCCAAGACGUGAUGUUAUUAGGAGGCUUAGAGAAAGGGGCGAGCCAAUCAUGCUCUUUGGUGAGACAGAAUUGGAUGCUUUUAGGAGGUUGAGACGUAGUGAAAUCCUUGAACCAGAAGUUAAUAAGGGUCUUCGUAAUGAUUUCCAAGAAGCCUUGGAGAAAGUUGAUCAGGCUUUUCUGGAUGAGAUUUUAGCUUCUCAAGUUCAGGAUGCAGAUGGUCGAUCUUCGAAUGAUGUCAAAGUACAAGAUGAUGGCAUUACAUAUGAUGAAAUUCAGAAAAUGGCAGCAAACUUGGGGAAAGGAGAUAGAGACCUUGAUAUGAAUGUCAUUACUCACUUUAUCCAGUUUCUGCUUAAGAUGUGGGGUAACCAACUCAACAGUCGGUCCCCUGCAGAAAAAAUGGGUGUAAGAGGCAAGUUGGCUUGUGCGACUUACACGCAGACGCAAGUGUACUUGAAGCCCCUACUGAGGAAACUGAAAACAAAAACUCUGCCAGAAGACAUUUCAGAUAGUCUCACAGAAAUCACAAGAUACAUGCUGGACAGAGAUUAUAUUCAGGCCAGUGACUCAUACCUACAAAUGGCUAUAGGUAAUGCACCAUGGCCAAUUGGUGUCACAAUGGUGGGUAUUCAUGCCCGAACAGGACGUGAGAAAAUUUUCUCAAAAAAUGUAGCUCAUGUAAUGAAUGACGAGACUCAGAGGAAAUACUUGCAAGGUCUCAAACGACUAAUGACAAAAUGCCAGCAGUAUUUUCCAACAGAUCCUUCCAGAUGUGUUGAAUAUACAAGAACAGAACUGUCAUCUUGAAUGUUGCAUUCCUACUUCU